GGAGCUGAGAGAAAGCUCUGGCUAGAAUGACACAGAAGCAGCGCUGAGCUGUAGGACAGACUGCGGCUAAACCGAGGACCAGCUCCAGCACGGCAUCACAGCGUCAUCUCAUCAAAACACGCAGCAACAACAAAAAUGCUCAUCAAAGAAUUUCGAGUGAUCCUACCCAUUUCUGUGGAGGAGUACCAGGUAGGUCAGCUGUACUCAGUAGCUGAGGCAAGUAAGAAUGAGACAGGGGGAGGAGAGGGUGUGGAGGUCCUGAAGAAUGAACCAUAUGAGAAAGAUGGAGAAAAAGGCCAAUACACACACAAAAUCUACCACCUGCAGAGUAAAGUUCCAUCAUUUGUAAGAAUGCUAGCGCCAGCAUCAGCUCUCAACAUUCAUGAGAAAGCCUGGAAUGCUUACCCAUACUGCCGCACAGUAAUCACAAAUGAGUACAUGAAAGAGAAUUUUCUCAUCAAGAUAGAAACAUGGCAUAAACCUGACAUGGGUCAUCAGGAGAAUGUGCACGGUCUGGACCCUGACACCUGGAAGAAGGUCGAUGUGGUGUAUAUUGACAUCGCUGACAGAAGUCAGGUGGAGUCAAAGGACUACAAGCAAGAUGAAGAUCCAGCCAGGUUUAAAUCUGCCAAGACUGGCCGAGGACCCUUGGGGCCUGACUGGAAGAAAGAACUGCCCAAAAAGACAGACUGUCCACACAUGUGUGCCUACAAACUGGUAACAGUGAAGUUCAAGUGGUGGGGGCUGCAAAACAAAGUGGAGAACUUCAUUCAGAAGCAAGAGAAACGUUUGUUCACUAAUUUCCACCGGCAACUCUUCUGCUGGAUUGAUAACUGGAUUGAACUGAACAUGGAUGACAUUCGCCGGAUGGAGGAGGAGACCAGGAAGGAGCUGGAUGAGAUGAGAGUGAAGGACCCUGUAAAAGGGAUGGUGGCUCUCGAAGACUGAAUCUCCUGUAUAUAGAUGGAGAGUGCUGCUGUUUAUAUCAGUGUGUAACAGAGGUGCCGGCUGUAUGGCCGUAUUGUGAAAUUAUAACCUUCCCCUAUCGCCAUUUGUUAGGAAAAGUUCCCUCGAAAUAUACAUCAUAAAUGACUUAAUUCUACUUAAUUACUGGCCUCAUGUUACACAGUUGUGAGUUUUUAAAUUCCUUAUCCUCUCUUUCACCUCCUACUUCUUGAUAAAUAAUAUAAUCUAAGUUACAAUCCCUCUCAUUAUUUCUCUUUAUCACUCACUUAUGUAAUACUAGACACCAGCUGCAUCAAUUUUCAAACAAGGUGGAUGAUAAUUCAUAAAUGAAAAUACAAAUUCUGCUCCUCUGACCAGGCUGAUAAUAGACACACACAAGAUAAAUAGCACUUAUAAAUAACAAAAUAAUCAUUUCCCAUGCACCAUCAUGAAAAUUGACAUAACUGACACACCACAGAGAGACAUUUACGAGAAGAUAAUUCAUAUGUCCAGAUCAGAUGGUGGUUCUGUAUAUAUUCCCUACGUAUUAAGAGGUGAAUUAUUCUCAGAGCUGUAUAAGCAGUUUUUCCGGUAAUUACUCUUAGUAGCGAAUCUUAGAUGUGUUUUGCGGACCAAGCUGACUCUCCUCAGUGUUCUGUUUUGACCCUCUUGUGAUUGUCCUUAUUGUUCAUUUUCAAUCUUAUUAUCUUCAUCUCAUCUUCCCCACUGAAGCGAGAGCUCAUUUGAAAAGCGGGCCUCCAGAAUGACAGGUGCUCAUUUGUGUAUUCAGAGGUUGAGACAGGGUGUCAGACUACUAUAUUAAAUAACUUAUUAUUCAUCAUAAGGCAAAGAUAGUCAGUAAAAUAAGAACAUUGCACUGAUUGAUCUGUGCCUUCUUGAGCUUCAGAAGUCCAUACGAGUUUACUAGCACAUCCUUUUCUCUCACAGAGCAACUUUUGAUCAGUAUCUUGUGCUUCUCCUUCUCUAUGGAUCAUUCAGGAUGUUUCACAACCUUGUUUUGUCUGCUGUAUACAUAAUUUGUGCUGGGUCAUGCUCCUGUGCUCCAUUUCUGUCGUCAUUAAGUCCUCUAUUUCCUUUUUUCCCCCUUUGUCAGUAUGUAAGAGGGGGCACAAGAGGGUUACAGAAACGAGUAAAAUACGUGUAUGUGUCUGUGUGUGCAUGCAAAUUUUAUGCUCCACUGUACAUGACUCAAGCAUCUAGUGUCCAGCUAUUUCUUGUUGAGACGACUCCACAGAUCAGCAAAGCAUGCCAGACUUUAACAGCACACAGGGAAAACAUCUGUUUGUGUAUUUUUUUCAUUUCUGCCUUUUCAUUGCUGUAUACUAAAUUACUCUGAGAAGGUGGAAGACUCUGUUAAAGAUAGCAAAGGUUUGUUGUCUGCAUUUGGCUCAUUCUCACACUUCUAACUGAUAAAAGGAAACUUUUAUCCAGGUUUUAGCAAUAAUUCUCACAUUAACAUCUGUAAAACACAUCUCUGUGUCUUUAAGUGAUUAAGUUAUGCUGUUCCCAGGAUAUUGCUAAGGGUCAGCACUCGAGUGGAUUCAGGAAACAAGGAUUAAUUUGAGUAUGUUUGUCUGACUGCAUUUUCUAUAUAUAACAGUGUGUGUGUGUGUGUGUGUAUGAGAACUUAUGUUAUCAGUGUUUGAGGGAUGUUUAAGAUAUGGAUGGACUGAGAGUCACACUCUCAUCCAUGUAGCUGAGUUUCACAUUCAACGCUGUAAAAUACCAUUAGCAAUACUCUAUCACUGCGUCAGCCUGAAGAACCCUAUCGUGGAGCUGUUUGGAUGUAUGUAUUGAAUUGUACAUAGUAUAUAAAUACAUGUAGAUGAAUAGACACACACAUACAUAUAUGUCAGACUGUCCUGCCAAGCCAUCAGCACUCGUCUUAACCUUGCAUACUGUGGUUGCAGGAUGGUGUAUUUUAAGGAAAAACCCUAAUGCUGCUGUAGCGCCAUCAAAGUCAAUCUGAAUUGCAGUAAACACACUGAUUUGCUCUUUGCACAGCUGAAUGCUGUUCAGUACUGUUUUUUUUUUUUUCAGGAUGAACAGCUAGAAUGAGAAUCAGUACUGAACCAUUCUGUUCUGCUCUUGAAAUCAUAGAAUUGAAUAAAUUGUUAAUAUAAUGGCCUCUCAGUGUUCUCAGACACGACCUCUUUGGCAGGAUAGUGUUGAAAAAUAUAUAUUUUUGUUCCCUAUUUUUGUCGUACGUGCAGUAUGUUAUCAGUCUUCGAGCUUUGCUGCUGCCUAUUCUAACAGGUGAGGUCUUUCAGAGAUGUCACCACCACUUUUUACUGAUCUCAGAGCAGUUUUGCCAUUUCUUCGUUAUACUUUAAAAAGAGUGAUUCAAGUGAGCGGGGCGGCACGGUGGUGUAGUGGUUAGUGCUGUCACCUCACAGCAAGAAGGUCUGGGUUUGAGCCCCAUGGCCGGCGAGGGCCUUUCUGUGCGGAGUUUGCAUGUUCUCCCUGUGUCCGGCUGGGUUUCCUCCGGGUGCUCUGGUUUCCCCCACAGUCCAAAGACAUGCAGGUUAGGUUAACUUGUGAAUCUAAAUUGACAGUAGGUGUGAAUGUGAGUGUGAAUGGUUGUCUGUGUCUAUAUGUCAGCCCUGUGAUGACCUGGCGACUUGUCCAGGGUGUACCCCGCCUUUCGCCCGUAGUCAGCUGGGAUAGGCUCCAGCUUGCCUGCGACCCUGUAGAACAGGAUAAAGUGGCUACAGAUAAUGAGAUGAGAUGAGAUGAGAUUCAAGUGAGAGAAACUGGUCUUUGAUCAGUACAGGGCAGCUUCUAUCCAGGACAUUUGUAAUAAAAAGGAGUGUCUGAAUAAGAAGUGGCUUAAAAGCAGAAUAUCAAAUGAUCUGAUUCCUCACCUGUACAGGAAGCAGAUCGCUGUACAAACAGAUUAUCAUAUAGCUAUGAUGUUAUUACAGUUCUCGUUUUGGCGUCAGGUUUACAAAUCAGUUAUUUCAGAACUAGAAAUAGUUCAUUUUUAAAAUGUUUUUGUUCAAUGUUGCUCCCUUUCUUGUCAUCUGUUUUAGUUUCUUUUACUGUGAAU